AUGUCAAAAUCUUUGUAAUGCGUCCUUCUCAUGGCACAGAGUGCUGGUGGUUUCAGUACACAAGUAUCUCAUGUGACCAGGUGGCAUUUUUUAUUUAGCAGAUCAUCUGCCUCCAUCUCAGCCUGUCCCCAGCAUCCUGCUUUGUAUGUCCUCCUUCAGUAUGUCCAAAUACCUCCUGUGUGGGCUUCCUCUUUCCCUUCUGCCUGGCAGUUCUAAUUAAGGAUCUUCUGUCUAAUACAUCCACUAUCCCUCCUCUGUACAUGUCCAAAUCCUUGCCCCCUCCAACUUUGUAUCCAAAAUGCGCAACCUGAGCUGUCCCUCUAAUAUAACCGUUUCUAAUCCUGUCCAUCCUCCCAAUUAAUUAAAAUCUUAACAUCUUCAGUUCUCCCUCUUGUCUUUUUCUCAAUGCCACUGUCUCUAAACCAUACAUCAAAACAGGUUUCACCUUCCCUUUCACUCUUGCUGCUACCCUCCUGUCAAAAAUCACCCCCGAAACCCAUCUCCACCUGCACCACCCUCUUGGUACUCUCUUCUUCACUUCUGUUGUGCACUAUCCAGUGCUCUCCAUGGUUGACUCAAGCAGAGUCCAAGCGCGCCUUAACCAUGAGCACAAAAGUCGGCGACAUCGUGGAGGAGUUCCACACAGACAACAAGAUGUCAACCGUCAACAACCACCACGAGACAUCCCGCAAAGAGUUGGAGGACGCGUCUCGGUUACCAGCGCUGGAGACCGCCUACACCGACAUCCUCAGGCAUCUUGGGGAAGACACCGACCGGGAGGGACUGUUGCGCACCCCGUUGCGCGCAGCCAAAGCCAUCCAGUUCCUCACCAAGGGCUACCAUGAGACCAUCGAUGACAUCUUAAACAAUGCCAUAUUUGAUGAAGACCACGAUGAGAUGGUGAUUGUGAAAGACAUAGACAUGUUUUCACUAUGUGAACACCACAUGGUGCCCUUUUUUGGCAAGGUUCACAUCGGGUAUAUUCCCAACAAAAAAGUGGUGGGACUGAGCAAGCUGGCAAGGAUUGUGGAGAUCUUCAGCCGUAGGCUUCAAGUUCAAGAGCGACUGACUAAGCAGAUCGCCGUUGGGAUAUCUGAGGCUCUGCAGCCAAAAGGUGUAGCUGUGGUUAUUGAAGCGGCGCACAUGUGUAUGGUGAUGCGUGGUGUCCAGAAGAUGAACAGCCGCACAGUGACAAGCGCCAUGCUGGGAGUCUACCUCGAGGACCCCAAAACCCGGGAGGAGUUCCUGUAUCUUUCAAGGCGCACUUAACAGACAUUACGUGCCAUCCACUCCUGAGCCACUGUCUACAGUUGCACGUGGAAAGCUCUAGAGUUCCAGGGGAUCUGCAUCUGACUGCUGCAGAUCCAAGACCUUCACCUAUCGAUCUAACCUCAAUACACUGAAACCGUGAAGAUUUCAGUCUUACUGCUGAUCAUCUAUUGUUGGAAUCACUGUGAACACAACAUACU